UUCCCAUUCCAACUUUUCAGUCUUCUUUUCCUUGCUUUUCUUCGUCUCUACUUAUUUAUUGUCAUAUUUUUACUCAUGGGCUUGAUAAAGGAACUGCUAUGCAUGAUCACACCUCCGCCGGUGGAUGUGGUGGAACUCAAGAAGGCCAACUUUCAACCACUUGUGGAAAAGUCGAUGGGUUCUGCGACUCAAAUUAUGCAGGAUACGGCGAUUCGUGAGCAAGUGAGCGCACGAAUGCAAACGCUGCUUGCAGGCAAAUCCCAUACGGCUGGCAAUACGAUGCGUACGGUUCAGCAAAUGUUUGAUGUGGCGGCUCAGACUUGCCAUCACAAUGAUGAACGCAAUAUUGUCCGAUGGUUAGAAUUUUGCGUGACGACAGCCGUCCAGAUGGCUUUUGAUGAUCAUAUGCCGUCCUCGCCUGGUGCGCGCAACUCGCCUCCGUCUAAACAGACAAAAACAUCGACUAAUACAGAUGAUAAUUUCAUCCCUGCACAGCUCUCGGAUCAUGAGGCGGCUCCUCAUAAAAUGCCGAAAAGAAGGGCAAAGAAGAAGAGCAGCAGAAAAAGUGCUUCUCCCAAACAGGACGCGGUUGUACCUGUGUUAGAUACCAGCACCGAUGACGAACGGCUAGACCGUAUUGGGGAAUCGGAUGACGACUAUAUUCCCAGCGAUGAAAAUGAUGACACAUCGUGUCCUCCUUCGCCUACCGAUUACCAGCAAGUUCCAAAACCAAGGAGAAGCUCUCCAAGAAAGAAAUCAUCAACUAAAGAUCAAGAAGUGCCGGAUUACACCCCCGCUGUGUCUGCAGUCAAGGCUGGAGGCGGACCGAAAGCAAUCGCAAAAUAUUUUGUCACACUCAACCAAGGAGCUGGCCUCUCAUCGGAUAUUCUUCCCGACGACUACUUCAUCAACGCCUUCUUCUUCCCUUCCAAGGACAGCUUCAACGCUUUCAUAUCGGUCAUUGAUUCCGCCCGUGACACGAUCGAUAUUUGCGUAUUUUCCAUCACCGAUGAUGAUGUGGCGGACGCUUUAAUUUCCGCCAACCAGCGUGGUGUCAAGGUACGCAUCAUUACCGAUAAUCGGCAGGCGGCUAUCAAAGGCGCCGAUGCAGCCAGGUUGCAGGCCGACUAUGGUAUACCCUACAAGACCGAUCGCACAACGGGUUACAUGCAUAACAAGUUUGCCAUUAUUGACCAUGCUACUUUGAUCAACGGCAGUUUCAAUUGGUCCAACGGAGCACGGUUUAAGAAUAGGGAAAACAUCAUGAUCACCAAUAUUCCCACUUGUAUUACGCAGUUUGACAAGCAAUUUGAAGCUCUGUGGGCCGAAUUCUAGAAUCGGACUUUGAAUAAAGGGCCAACGUGGCUUUUCCAUUUUUCUUCCCAAAAAAUUUUUUUUCUUUCGCCGCCCGACUAUAAAAUUGGGGUGGCUGCUGGCAGUCAUAAGAUUCGCCCCUCUUUUUGUUUUUGUCAUUUUACAGCCAUGGGUAAGGAGAAGACUCACGUUAACGUCGUCGUCAUUGGUCACGUCGAUUCCGGCAAGUCCAC